AUGACGUCGGGUCAAAAAAGCAUAACAUGGCAAGAGGUCAAACGCAUAGUGAGUAGCAUGGAACUCUACCAUCUCGUAAGAACUCGCGCCAUGUCCGAGGUUUAUCGCAAAUACCGCGAAGAUAUCAAGGCCAAGGGUCUAAAUUUUGGCGAAAUUCUACUGUUGAAACUCAAUUGGACCCAGGAUGAAUUGAAUUACUUGAACGACGACAAAUAUCCAGCCGAUAACGACAAAAUAGACGCUGCAUUCAGCAAUGCAGAUUUGUACACUCUGCGCUUGAACGACUUCCCGUAUAAUUUCGAAUCUGACGUUCAUCACAUUCUUAUAUGGUCGAAAGUGAAAUUGCCAUUAUACGAAGAGGACUUCACAGAAUCCGCCGCGGAUAAAACAAAAAUUCAGUUACCUUCAAUGAACAAGCAUAUGCAACAGAAGAUCGAAACAUUCUUGCAAAUUAAUGUCGCCGGCAAGUUUGGGAUCCCCAAGGAGAACUAUGUGUGGUUUGUAAACUAUUCAAAACUGCAAAGUGUCAGAUCCAUCUCGCAUAUACAUUUGUUAUUGAAGAAGGAUGAUGAUUUGAUCACAGCAAAGAUAUUCGAGGAGAACUUCGACCCACUGGUCUGA